AAGUGUGGGGCGUCGAGCCACUGAGUCCGUGGCUGCUCCGACCGACCCCUGCAGGAGGUUCUAAAUACCCGUCAAGCCCUCCAGUCCCCGAUGGAAUUCAAGACAGGCAACCUCAUAGCAACAAUCCGUCCGUCACCUUGAGCCUCACUCACCUCGUCACCACUCGCCAGCCCUUCCUCUUCUUCCUGUCUCUCAUUCAGCGAGCUCGCCUACUGCUUGUCUAAUUCCUGGCUUCUCACCUCUUCCGUUCCUUGGCCGGCCUACUUUGUAAUCAACGUUCACCCAUCUGCUCGAACCACCACCCGUCCUCGUCGAGCCCAUUCGAUAUAAUUAUUCCCCUGCGCGCGGAACCCUCGACGACACAGGCACAUCCUGCCUCCGUCAUCUCUAUCAUACGAGGGUCAACCCCCCCUUACCCGACGCACGAUCCCAUGGCCGCCACAAACAACCGCACAUCCCUUUCCUCGACACGAAGCGGCUCGCCCUCGCCCGAUACCCUCCCUACACCAGCCAUCGGCGCCGUCUCGGACCUCUCUCGCUACUCGUCCACAACCUCCUCUCUCUCCAACACCUCCAGCGCCGCGGAUGCGACGUCGCGCGACUCGUCCAUGCACAGUGAUCUCGCUACCCCGCGCAACGGCUCUCGACCGCCACCGCGCCAAAACUCCCACGGCCACGAUGUGAAGCGACGGAGGGGGUACAUGCGCCCACAGGCCACCGACUUUGCGGCCAGUGCCAAGUCGAGGGAGAGCGUCAUGAGUCUGGGCAGCAUCGCGCACCUACAAUACUACUUUGCGCGCACGGGACUGCUGGACGGCAAGGGGGGCCAGUUGGCUCGUAAAAAGUCAAAGCACCCUGCCACGCUCGAUCUCUCGGCCCUCGAAGCAUCCGGGAGCGAGCUUGGAGGCCCGGGUACAGACCCUGACUCGUCGUAUGGCUCUGUCGACAGCAGCAGCCCCGACGUGGGCGCGCACCCGUACAGUAACCGGUCAUUGACAGAGUCGCCAACCGACGAGGACGACGAUUCCUUUUCGGAUAGCUUUGCCGAGUCCGAGUCGGGGAUGCUGCCGCCGACGGUGAGCACGUACAACCACAAGGAGAAGGUCGUCCCCAAGCCACCCACAAUCGUGGAGCUCAAGGCCGAGCUGGACACCACACUGGCAGAGGCGGCCAAGGCGAUCAAGGAAGUCCAACAUAGAAAGGAGGGCACCUACGUCGAACCCGCCGACGCGCCCCGGCUGCCCAACAUGCCCGACGAGAACACACAGGGCUGGUUCGAGCUGCAGGGCAUGCAGAUCCUCGAUGUCGUCACCCUCGCCAUCCGCGCGGCCAAGAUGUACUACACCGCCCACGAGAUGCCCGACCGACUCGACGCGAUCAAGUCGGAGAAGCAGGUGCGCGCCGACCUGCUGGUCGUCAUGGAGGUCCUCAAGCAGCAGGCGACCCGCCACUUCAAGGGCGGCAUGAAGGACGACGAGGUCAAGACCAUCAACGGCUGGAUCGAGAGUGUCUACGACAUUCUCCGAAAGGAGGCCGAGAUUGAGGCGGCGGAGAAGGCGGAGCGCGCGAGCUGGACGUGGCUGGACGGUGACUGGACCGGCCGCGAGUACGAGCGCGAGAGGGCCUUUCUCUCCUCCAUGGACCCCGAGGCCGCGUCGCUCCCCGCGUGGACGCCCGUGUCGGAUGCCGCCCAGGUGCCGACGCCCUUUCUCGCGGCCUUCCAGAACGGCCUGCGUCUCGUGAAGCUCCACAACGCGGCGGUGCACAAGUCGAGGCGGCGCUUCGGCGCCAUCCCCACGUUUCACACCGACACCCAGAAACCCUACCGCUGCGCCGACAACCUACGGUACUGGGUCAAGGCGGCGGAGCUGCGGUUCGAGAUACACCUCAGGGUCGACGUCAUGGGCGUCGUCAACAACAGCGGGCCCGAGGCGUGGCAGACGUUUGAGGCCGCCAUCCUCCAAUGGUGCCGUCAUGUGCGAGAGGAGCUGGCCAGGGAGCUGGCGCGGUGAUCUCGUCAUGGCUCCCUAGCUGGUAACAAGACACGAUGAGCGACGCAGACCAUGGUAUUACUACAUACAGACAGUUUCCGUUCUUUGUUUGGCUUUUGUGGGCUGCGUCCGGGCAUCAUCAGAUGCGCACGCGUUUGCCCCAAGUCUUUUUUUUUUUUUUUUUUUUCAAAAGCGACUCCAGAUCUACUUCGACCUUCUCGCAUAUACCCCCAUUGGCAUUAGAUAUCAGGCGUAUUCAUGAUUCAUUUCACCCCCCGUCAGUAGAAUAUUAUGC